AACUGUCAUAACAUUAAAAAAAAAUUUCUCCGAAAAUCAAAUAAAAUUAUCAAGUUAUAUAGUUAUUAUAGUUAUAUAUAUAGUAAAAAAAAAGUAGUCAAUAUUUGCAAAAAUUCUUAUUUUUUCCAAAAUGGGAAUUAAAUUUUCCUCUUCAAAUUGUCAGAGAAAACAAGAGAGCACAGAUGGAAAUUUGGUGACAAAUCGAAAAAUAAAAUCAACAGUUGCAGUUGUACAACAACAACAACAACAACAACAAACAAAAUCACGUCCAUCAACUAGCAUUAGUAGUAAUAAUAAUAAAAAAUAUGAAAAUUAUUGUGGAGCAACAAAUCCAUUUAUUAUAUUUUUUCUUCGAUUACGUAGUAAAAAAUCACAUAUACCAGUGACAACAAUUGCACGUAUUGCCGGUAAACGUUGGUCACAAAUGAAUGCAAAUCAACGGCAAAAAUAUAUUGAUUUAGCAAAUGAUGAGAAAAAAAGGCGGCAAAAAAUUAAAAAGAAACGUUUACAUCAAGUUAUUAAUUCAAAAAUGCUGAGAUCAAAGAAAAAAACAAUGUAUAAGAAAAAAUGAAGAUGAUGAUGUAAGAAACAAGAAGUCGUGUGAUAUUUAUGAUUUCCUUUUUAUUUGUUAGUAUUUUUUUUUUUUUUUUAUAACUAUGUACAAUAAAUAUUGAUGUAUUUUUACACUAUAUCUUAGAAGAAGUUACUUACAAUUUAGAAAUUAUGCUAAAAAAAAAAACGACUCGCCGUCACGUCGUGUUUUUCGUUUUGGAAAAAAAAAAAAAAAAAAAAAAAAAAAAAAAUGAAACAAAAAAAAUUAACUCCAACGAGUGUAUUAUAAAUAUAUUUAUAAUAUAUGUUAUAAAAUAAUUAUUAUAAUUUUAUAUAAUUAUUAUAAUAUUAUAUAAUUUUGAUAUAAAAUUAUAAAUAAUUAUUAUAAUAUAAAAUUAUUAUUAUAUUAUAAAUAUAUUUUAUAAUACAAAUAUUAAUAUUUUAUUAUAUUACUUAUCUCGUAGCCGUAUUCCGCAAAAUGUCACCAAAAAUGAAAUCAAUCUAUAAAAUCGAUUCAAGUACUUAUGGAAGAAGCACCAUACAAUUUUUUUUUUUUUUCUCACUCUCUCUCAAAAAUUCGAAGAUAUAAGUUAUAUUAGGCAAUUUCUCUCUCUCUCUUUCUCUUUUUUUCUCUUUCUAACACACACAAAAAACGCACAAAAUUCACAUAUUCAAUUUUUUUUUUUACUUUUCUUUUUUUUCAAAAAAAAAAUUUUUUUUUUCUCUCAGUCUCCCAUUCUCUCGUGUCAAUGUACAAAAAAAUAAUUUUCAACGCUUUGCGAAAGGUGGAGAGUGACAAUUUGCAGAACAUUUCUUGGCUUUUUUUUUUUUUCUUUUUUUUAAUUUCUAUACACUUUUUUUUUUAAUUAAAAAACACAGAGAAAAAAAAAUGUGCCCUUGAAAAUUUUUUUAAAACAAUUUUUUUUCGCAUUAGAUUAAAAAUAAUAAAAAGUAAGCGACAGAAUAGUGUAUGUGUUUUUUUUCUUGUACAGAGGGGUAAAAUAUAAAGUGUAAUUUUUUUUUUUUUUUUUUUUUUUUUUUUUUUUUUUUUCUUAA